GAUUUGAUCUAAGAAUUUUCAUGUGAAAAAUGGAAACUAGAAACAUAAUGACGGAGGGUUGUAUCGAGAACAGUAAUCAGAAAUUGAUAUGUUGGUUCUGUCCCACCAGAACUACAGCUGCUGCUUUACAUAUAAAUAGCCACGAGAGGGCAGCAUUGCACAAAAACAUCAAAAAGUCAUUUUUUAAAUUGUAUUUUCCAAACUGGUCUAAUGAAAGUAAAUAUAAGCUAUAAAGUUUUAAACGGUCAAAGCGCGGCAGACUAUGGCUUCAGGAACGCAUCAUAAGUGACCAGUUAAAUAAAAACUAAACGUUUAUGGCCCACGUGUAAACACGGGUCCCAGGACGCCAACCCCGCCUGAACAAUACUCCAUGGAAACAAAACGCAACGUUGACGCCCGUCUCUGGUCACCCACCAUUGGCCCGAUCCAAAACUCGUUAAGACCGCCCCGCAGGCUGCUAUUGGACAGAACUCCCUGCCGUCGGGAGAGAAACGCGGAAAAGGAUCCAAAAAAGUUAUGGAGCGUAGCGUAGUCGGAUCACGUCUGUUGCAUGCUGCUGCGUAGUUUUCCAGCAUCCUAAAAGCUCCCACGGUGAGCGCAGAGACGCAGUGAGAGCGCCGGGCGUACGGCAGAGAGCGGGCAGCGGAGCCUGGGCGAAUGUGAGCGGGAUCUGCUGACCGAUCGGCUCAGAAGAGGAGGGCCAGGUGUGUUUGUCCGUUUCCAGGGGUUUCCUCGUUGGUGUCACCGCGGAGGAGGCAGGAGGACUGGAAGGCAAGAAGGAGGAACAGGUGCUCGGGUUAAAGUUGCCUCUCUGAGUUAAAGAGACGCACCUUUAAGGGAGACCAGGUUUGGAAGUUUUCCUGGAAUUCCUCUCCAAACUCCUCCUGACAGGAUUAAUUGAUCUCUCGGAUCUAAAAUUGGGAUUUAGUUAUUUUCGGACUCAGUUUUCACGCAGAAUCUGAGCUCACAGUGAACUCAUCAGUGUGGCAGAGCGCUGGCUUUUGUUUUCCAGGUGCUGUUAACGGGGGGUGGGUUGGGUGGAGGGGGUCGAGCCGCCCCAGCAUCAGAAGCAACCCUCUCCGCUCCACUGCGGCACUGACGCAGCUGGUGUCACGCUCCAGACGACGCUCUUGUAAUUCAGAGGAAGGAGUAACACAGAGAAGGAUUUUGGUUUCUUUCCCUCCCUGGAAUGGAAUAUUACACAAGACACAAGGCUCAACCUUUCUGAUCCGGAAUGAUCGAUCCGUGCGUCAUAGCGCUCUGAGGGUCCAAAGACGUUUUCGCUUCCAAAGGGGACGCUCGUUCCCGGGACUUCCAACUCCUGAGCGACUCCCAAAGACAACAACCGGCGAUGUCCAAGACGCUGAAGAAGAAAAAGCACUGGUUCGUCAAAGUGCAGGAGUGCUCCGUGUCGUGGGGGGAUUCGGGGGAGCUGACUGCUGUUGUGGAGGUGCUAGGCGGCGCCGAGCUUGGAGAGUUCCCCCACAUCGGACGCGUGAUUCCCGAGGCAGUCGUAUGCCACACCGGGAGGCUGCCCGGCAGCGGGGACGUGCUGCUGGAGGUCAACGGGACCCCGGUGAGUGGACUCACCAACAGAGACACGCUGGCGGUCAUCAGACACUUUCGGGAGCCCAUUCGCAUGAAGACCGUGAGACCAGGUAAGGUGCUGAACGCGGAUUUGCGUCACUACCUCAGUCUGCAGUUUCAGAAGGGCUCCCUGGACCAUAAGCUCCAGCAGGUGAUCAGGGACAACCUCUACUUGCGCACCAUUCCCUGUACCACUCGGCAGCCCAGGGAGGGGGAAGUACCUGGAGUGGACUACAACUUCAUCAGCGUGGAGGAGUUUCGGGAGCUGGAAGAAAGUGGGAUCUUACUGGAAAGUGGGACAUAUGAUGGUAACUACUAUGGAACCCCUAAGCCCCCCCCAGAGCCUAGCCCUGUACAGCCAGACUUGGUGGACCAAGUUCUGUUUGAUGAAGAAUUUGACACGGAGGUCCAGCGGAAACGUACAACCUCAGUCAGUAAGAUGGACAGAAUGGACAGCACGGCUCCAGAGGAGGAGGAGGAAGAAGAGAGACCUCCUAUGGUUAAUGGUGUUGGAGAGCACAAGGACAAGGCAGACUGGAGGAAGACGGUGCCCAGCUACAACCAGUCAGCGGGAGCCAUGGAUAUGCGUGUCUGGAACACUCUGGAUGAAAGUCAGGAGCCUUUGCCUAAAAACUGGGAGAUGGCCUACACAGAGACCGGCAUGGUCUACUUCAUAGAUCACAACACAAAGACCACCACCUGGCUGGAUCCUCGUCUUGCCAAGAAAGCCAAGCCUCCAGAGAAAUGCGAUGAAGGAGAGCUGCCCUACGGCUGGGAGAAGAUUGAGGACCCCCAGUUUGGCACCUACUACGUGGACCACAUCAACCAGAAGACCCAGUUUGAGAAUCCAGUGAUGGAAGCAAAGAGGAACCUAAAUGGGGACACACCCUCUGCAUUACAGCCACCAGCAGUCGCACCCUCAGAAGAGGAACCUGCUAGAGGGUUGCGUGGUUUCACGCGAGAUCCGUCUCAGCUGCAGGGUUCCAUCUUGCAGACAUCACUUCAAAAAAGCCCACUGGGAUUUGGGUUCACCAUCAUCGGAGGAGAUCGACCGGAUGAGUUCCUUCAAGUCAAAAAUGUCCUUCCUGACGGGCCUGCUGCGCAUGACAACAAGAUUUCCCCAGGUGACGUCAUUGUGGACAUUAACGGGGCUUGUGUGCUGGGGAAGACUCACGCUGAUGUGGUGCAGAUGUUCCAGUCCAUCCCAAUCAACCAGUAUGUGGACCUGGUCUUGUGUCAGGGCUACCCUCUGCCCGAGGAUUCCAACAGCAGCGAAAAUGCAUCAGCCGCCCUCAGCACCUCAAAAGAAGCUUCCCCUUCCCCAUCCUCCUCCACGAUCCAGGACCCCCAUUUCACCGUCCCGGAUGGAGGAAACCUCUCACGGCAAACUGCCACCCUGCCGCCUAUGAGUAACGGUGGACGCCACCAUCACCAUCCUAACCCACAGCAAAACCAGCACCUUCCUCUCGCCCAAGGCCAGGAGGGCCCUGACCCCACCCUGUUACAGCCAGAGCUGGUGAGUGUACCCUUGGUGAAAGGGCCGGGGGGCUUUGGCUUCGCCAUCGCAGACUGCCCCCUGGGACAAAAGGUGAAGAUGAUCCUGGAUGCCCAGUGGUGCCGCGGCUUGCUGAAGGGCGACGUCAUCAAGGAAAUUAACAGACAGAACGUCCAAACGUUGAGCCACACUCAGGUGGUGGACAUCCUCAAAGACCUGCCGGUGGGCAGUGAGGUCAACGUGCUGGUGCUUAGAGGAGGUCAAACGUCUCCUGUGAAAUCACUAAAACCUUCCACAUCUUCCAUGCCCCAUUCUGCAUCCCAGCAGGCUCCUCAUCCUGUCUCCCAGCAACUGCCCCACCCAUCCUCCCAGCCCUCCGUGCAGCUGCAGCAGCGACAGGAGAUGGUGAACAGUACAGAGACCCUAAGUCAGCCAGAGGCACCCUUCAAUGCCAACACUCUGCGCUCGUCUUCUCCCAAACCGGACCCGUCUGAGCUCUACCUCAAGUCCAAAGCUAUCCUAGAUAGCAAGCCACCUAAUACCAAGGACCUGGAUGUGUUUAUCAAAAGAAACCAGGAGUCAGGCUUCGGCUUCAGAGUCCUGGGUGGAGAGGGACCGGAUCAGCCGGUGUACAUUGGCGCAAUUGUACCGCUCGGUGCUGCCGAGAAGGAUGGGCGCUUGCGGGCCGGAGAUGAGCUGCUCUGUAUAGAUGGUGUUCCUGUUAAGGGUAAAUCCCACAAACAAGUGCUGGAACUGAUGACCAACGCGGCCCGGAACGGCCAAGUCAUGCUGACUGUCCGCAGGAAGCUGACACACACAGAGAGUGGCGAAGAGGAAGAGAGCGGCCAGCCGCCUCACCAGGCGCCGUCGGCUCUGGUCAACAGCUCUCCUAAGAUGCCUCGCGUUGAGCUGCCAAACGCCGUCCAGCCUCCUCAGCUCUCCAGACCAGAGAGCUUCGAUGUCACCUUGCAGCGCAAGGACAACGAAGGCUUUGGUUUUGUUAUCCUCACAUCAAAGAACAAGCCCCCACCUGGAGUCAUACCUCACAAAAUCGGUCGUAUAAUCGAGGGCAGCCCUACAGACCGCAUAGGUCGCAUGAACGUAGGGGACCGCAUCUCUGCCGUCAACGGCCAGUCCAUCAUGGAGCUGUCACACAACGACAUCGUUCAGCUCAUAAAGGACGCCGGCAACACGGUCACCCUGACUGUCGUGCCUGAAGACGACGGCGCUCCUCCAUCUGGAACAAAUUCAGUAAAGCACAGUCCUUCAGCCCAACAUAGAGCCAUGGGCCAACAGCCUCCCAGUCAUCUAGACAGGACUGGUGAGUCUGAGAUGAAGAACUCUCUUCAGCCGAGUGAGACGGGAGCAAUCGCCACGUCAGGACCCAAACAGGGCUGCUUGGUGGAGCUGGAGCGCAGUCAGCGGGGCUUCGGCUUCAGUCUGAGAGGAGGAAAGGAGUACAACAUGGGUCUGUACAUCCUGCGUCUGGCUGAGGACGGGCCUGCCCUUAAAGAUGGACGGAUUCAUGUUGGAGAUCAGAUCGUGGAGAUCAACGGAGAGGCUACUCAGGGCAUCACACACACUCGGGCGAUUGAGCUGAUCCAGGCAGGGGGCAACAAGGUUCACCUGCUCCUCCGACCCGGCCAGGGUCUUGUUCCGGAUCACAAUUCAAAAGACAAAGUAGCCAUUCAGACGACAAGCUUUCCUAGACUCUCUGCAUCCGAUGACCCGUCAUCUCCAACCUUUCCAUCCUCAAACUCAGGAUGGUCACCAUCUUCCUCCAAAGCAUUCGCCCCUGAUGAGCCAUCAGCAGGGGAUUACCGAGUGCCUGGUUUCCCCAGUGCUGGACAGGAGCAUGGUAGACAAGCUAACCGAUCAAGAGGACAGCAGCUCCCUACCCACAACCAUAAGCGUGCUACUAGCCCCAGGAAAACUAGCCAGAGCGACUCCAAAUCUGGCAGUCCCAGAGGAGCCACCGAAGGUCAGACUGAUCACAUGGAGCGUUCCCAGAGCCCCCAAAAAACAUUGGAGGACAUGAGCAAGGAAAGAGAAGCCCACGGGCGGAAAAACAAGCGCUCUACUAGUCCAAGGAAGGCAUCCAAGAGUGAGCAAGAUCCUGUUCUACCUUCAGGGAACCCAGAAGAACGUCAAAGCCCCAGACGCCCAGCUGGACAGCAGCCAGCUGGGGAAGUGAAAGACUGGAGACACAAGGGGGAGGAUGCAUCUUACCAGCAAGAGAGAGGGGCUGCAGAUAGUGGAGACAAAAGCAGGGGGACUGGCGAGCGCCACAGAAAGGGAAAGAGGGCUGACAAAGAGGCAUCGGCACAAAAACCCCACCAGGAGAGGGCAGGGUCGGACACCGAUCCGGCUACAGCCAGCCACAGGAGUGGAAGAGAGAGAGCUGAAAAGGAAUAUCCAGAGGCCAAGUAUCAGGGACCAGCAGAGCAUGUGAACAGAAGGGACCCCAGAGGUUCCAGCAGUAGCAUUCAGGAUCCCAACUGCAAUGGGACCAGCACCAGCAAGAAGGCUCCCAUCACCCCUGGACCGUGGAAAGUUCCCAGCUCGGCCAAGAUCCAGUCACACGUGGACUCAACAUAUGCAGAUUUCUGAAAUUUCUCCAAAGAAGGAUGAAGACAAAGCUGAGUCUUCGAGAAUCGAAGCCUGUAUUUGAAGACGGGUCUGAUGGAAUGGAUCAAAAUAUAACCAGCAACAUACCUUCUCAUUUAUAUGUCUGUCGUUUGUUUGGUUUUUUCACCCAUUUUGCCUCAGACGAUUUGCACCAAGCUGCUGAUCUCUGAUAUAAAACGAGUAUUUGUACUUGACUCAAUCGCACGGCCAUGUGGGAUGAGUUCUGAACAGGGUCUUUCGAUGGAAAUCUUUUCCGUGCCAAUCAGAGACUCCGGUUAAAAAGAAGCUGCUCCUGAAAGCACUCACUGUGAAUCAGUUUGGAGGUGUCUGAACAAAGUGCUCACCCUGUCUACCCGAGCCACAUGAAGGAACCCGUGUUUUUUUUGUGUGUGUGUUUACUUUGAAAGAUUACAAGCAUACUCAUCCACUCACAGCUUUUAAACCGAGCAGGAUUGAUUCACUGUUAUCGUCCCAAAAGAGACCAAGUUUUCUUUAUGAGAUCUAAUUAGAAAAACUGUUUCUUUUUUUUAUUAUUAUUUUGAGAAUCCGAUAAAAGCUGUGAUUUGUGUGACUGCAUCGGAACAUGUGAAGUCAUGAAUCCCAUCUUGGUGGGAGAAACACUCUGAAGCUUUAUAUUCAUCAAUGAACAGACCAGAUACUUGUGGUUAUAGAUCUAAUAUUUUGUACUUGUGCUUUGAAAAUGAUGUGAGAAUAAAAAAAGCAAACAAGACGGUCCACACACACGUCCAUGUCGAGUGCACUUAGGUGAGGGCCGAACAUGUAGAUACGCGUCAUCACUUGAACGAAUCCCCACUUUAAAAACCUCAGACUUUACAUGGUAUCUCAGUCUGUGAACAGCCUCAUCCAUCAUGUUGUUGACUGUUAGCAGCACUGUGCCAAUGUGUGUUUUAGUUAUUCCUUUAGGUUCAAAUAUAUUUAAUCUGAAAAAUAUGAUAUUUAGCAACGUGAUUACUUAAACAUUGAUCACAUUUAGGAUACAUAAAUUAGCAGAGCCUUACGAUAAAAGUGCAAACUUUACUUCUUUAAUUUACAUAAAACAUUUUAAUGUGUAUUUGUAUUAUAAAUAGUGGCACAAAAAAAGUCCACCCUAGCUCAAAUGUUUGACAAACAGCGCCAGAUGCAUGCGCUGGCGCUCCUGGUAAAGAGGUGCAAAAAGCCAGAAAACAAUAUUUUAUUGCAGUGGUAUAAUCUGAGACUGAAAAUGUUAUUGAAAAUCCCUUGUUAAGAAAACUUUAUUUCCACUGUGUCACAAUUAUUGUUAUCCGGACUAUCUUCUGUUGGAAGUUGGAGCAUACACACUGAGAAGGAUCCAUGACCAUGUGCACAAUCUCUCUAGAUAAUCCAGAGUCCUGGGUCUUCUCUUAUGCUCUCUCCCGUUAGCUUACCCCUACUUGCAUUACUAUAGAUGAAGGUUGAUUUGGUGUCUGGUGAAUCCCUGCCGUGUUUAUUUGACCACAUGUUUUGGAUUAUUAUCCUGCAGAAAGACCCAAUGAUUUUCAGUUUUAAGGCAGAGGACAUCAGAUUUUUAUAGAACAUUUUCUAGCAUUUCAGAGCCCAUAAGGUCUGUCUAACACCGGUUCACAGAAAUAAAAUAAAGACAUAAAUCAUCUUAUUAAUAAUAAAUAGAAUUACAACAAUGUUUCCCAGGCCUUUGGAAGAGAAACCGACCCACAGCAUUACAGAUCCUCCACCAUAUUUAACAUUGAGUUUUAGGUUGACAUAUUUGUCUUUUGUUUUACAGCAAACCCGUCUGAAGUGGUUAGUUGCCAAAAACGUUAUUCUUACGCUUAUUUGAGCAAAGCACAGUUAAAGUUCCAGUUAAGGGCCCUGUCGAGUUUUACAAUCUCUGAAGGUUUACAUUUGUGAUAGUCAGACAGAAAAUGCUUACUUCUGAUUUUUCUCCUGUACAACCAUUUGGGAUGUAGAUGUAGCCUCUUUUGGUAGUUAUGGAGAGUCUGUGACCCGAAGAGGUCAUUCUUUGCUGCAGUGCUUCCAGGGUGAGCUUUGCAGAUUAACUUCUGUACCAUCCUCCCCACUAUGAGUGGGAGCAAGGUAAAAAUGUGUCCUUGUCCAGCCUAUUGGACAGUGGCUAAAAGAAAAGGGAUUCUGUCUCAUGUCACAUUGAUACCACUGGAUAACUCAAUUUUGUGGAUUACCAGUUAGACGUUUCUAGACACUGUGAUCAACUUUAAAAAAUUUAAAGUAGAAAUAAAAGCAAUCUUUGGUUACAUUUAUCUUUUAAAUAUUGUUAGGGGUACUAAUAAUUGAAACUAUUUUUUCUUUACUAAAUACUAGUUACUUUUUUCUUAAAUUUUCAUUGUAGAUUACUACCUACUGCAAUAAAAGUGAAUUUAUUUUUAGGCUUUUUACACAUCUUUUACCAGGGUUGACGAUCAUUGUCGCUGGCACUUUAGUUUGCUGUAGUUUUUGACUCAAAUUGUUAAACUUAGCAUUUAUUUGCAACAUUGUUGUCAGUUUGUUUUUUAUACACAAAGCCAGACCCUUAAUAGAAUCCAACUAAUCGUCAGUUUUGACAGGAAAGCUGCUUACUUGUGAUUGUAGACAUAUCUGUGCAUAAUGUGAAAAUGUCUGCUCUUCUUUGGUAGUCUUUGGUAGACUAACAAAAAAUACAAAAGCAUCCACAGCAACCAACUGUGCUCCACUUUGAAGAGAAAAUGUAGCAUUUCGGUGUUCCUACUGUGGACUAGAGUGACAUCUAGUGCUCCAACCUCUGCUCUGCACAGACAAGUCACAGCUUUAACCCAACCCUCAUCUGCCUGCCUAAAUGAGCAUAUGAAGAUGUAACACACGCAUUUGUUUGUCUGUGAGGCCGCUGAAUAAUUUAUUGUCUGUUUUUGCGUUAAUAUGAUGGGCUACUGUAAUGUUUACUGUUCAUAUCUUUACCAUGUCUGAUGCUGUGGCCUUGCAUUGCUCCAAUAUAUUUAAAAGGCAUAGUUUUGACAUCAUUGUAGUUAUAAAUGUUUAUAAAUUGUACAGCAUCUGUAUAAAAAAAAAUCGCCUUCAUGAAGAAAAUAAUUCUAUGUAAAAUGUUUCAUUAUUUUUUUAAGGGAGAUGUGAGGAAAUGUUAUGCAAUGGGUGAAAAAAGAACUAAUUUGAUUAUGGCAUACUGUUCAUGCACUGAUAAAUAAAGGUUUACUGAUUAAACAGA